GCGGGGGAGCGCGCCGGGGCCGGGAUCCCCCUCUGGGGGGCUGAGGUGGCAGCACACCGCGCAGGGGACAGCCGCGAGGCAGUCGCCUUGUCGCUGCCUGCCUCCGUCUCUGUCGGGGUGCCCCCGCCCGCCCCAGGGUAACUCGCCGCUGGCGGCAGGAGGGGGGAGGCGCCCGCCCCGCCCGCGGCCCGGCUCCGGGUGGGUCGGUGUCGGGACUGGUGGCGCCGGGCCCGGCCUCCGCGGGGGAGCGCGACCGGGCGGUUUCUGUCCGCCCUGAAGUGAAAAGCGGAAGCGGUGGCAUUACGCUGAGGCGGCGGAGGUUGGGUUCGCCCGCGCCGCGGCGGCUCCGCGCCUCGGGAGUGUCAAACGUCCUCGGAAGAAUCCGCGGGAAUGCCGCUGGGUGGGCCUGGGUCUGCUCCUAAACCGGCGUGCAAACAGCAAAUCGGGGGUUAAAACGCUGAAGUCUCUAGAGCGCAGCGCAGUUUAAUGGUGCGCUGAAUUUGUCCCGCGAGGAGGUGAUUUUAGAAUAGAUUUCUUAAAUUUAUGAAGCCUGAGGUGCAAGGGAACAAACUGCGUGCACCACUGCAGCAGCACUGACCAGCGUCCAUGACUCUUCGGUCAGAGCAAAUCAACAAAAGUGCGCUCCUGUUCUGGACGUGAAGAGACUUCACUGAGCCUGGCGGAGAAAUACUCUUCCUGAUUCCUGCACCCCAUAUUCAAAUCUACUGCUGACAUCAACAACAAAAAAUGAUAAAAUUUUUUCUUAUGGUAAACAAACAAGGUCAAACGAGGCUCUCUAGGUAUUAUGAGCAUGUAGAAAUUAAUAAACGGACAAUCUUGGAAGCUGAAGUAAUCAAAAACUGUCUCUCCCGUUCAAAGGAUCAGUGCUCUUUCAUUGAAUAUAAGGACUUUAAGCUGGUAUACCGACAGUAUGCAGCCCUUUUCGUAGUCGUUGGAAUCAACGAGACAGAGAAUGAGAUGGCAGUAUAUGAACUAAUUCAUAAUUUUGUGGAAGUUUUGGACAAAUACUUCAGCCGAGUGAGUGAAUUAGAUGUAUCCUUUUCAAUCAUGUUCAAUUUAGACAGAGUGCACAUAAUUUUGGAUGAAAUGGUGCUGAACGGCUGCAUCGUGGAAACAAACAGGAACAGGAUUCUCGCCCCUCUGUUUGUGCUUGACAAAGUGGCAGAAAGCUAGCAAGGUGCACAACUGACCACAGUGUGUUACAGAAGAUGGGGAAACCAUCAGGAGCGUACCAACAGCAGUUUUCGGAUGUCGUAAGAUCAACUCAUGCAAUAUUCAAAUUAGUUGGAAAAUACUUCCUGUUUCUCCUAUACCCUACGUACCAAUGGAAGAUACAGCUGAACAUAAAGUGGAACCUUCCGUUUCAAAGACAGCCCUGUUGAUUCAGCAGCAACCUUGCAAGAACAGUCAACAUUUUUUAAAUCUGACUGAGGAUAAAGUAAUGGGAACUUACACAUGGCCAUCUGGGCAUCACUUUCAAUUCCAUAGCUUUGUGCCAGACCUAGAAGACAGAAAAUACGGAAAUAUAAAUUCAGACAGUUUCAGUGCUUCCUUUAAGCACUAACCUGAUUUUUUAAUUUCCAUACAAAUGUACUGUUAAGUUAAAGUUCUGUAACCUUCAUGACUAUUUUUAAACUAGAUUCAUCCUUCAUCAAAAAGCUGGUUUCACUCCCUUUUCCAUUUAAGUCAUGGUUACAAAAGAAAUGUAACUGACAGAAGUAUACAUUUGGUAUUCCUGCGUACUGUGUCAGUUGUAACCAGAAGUAUUUGGCACUUAAAUAUUAUAACAUUAAUAAAA